GUGCAAAGCGACCAGUGACUCUGACAGGCAGAGCUACAGUGGUGGUUCUUGCUAAGAGAGAGGCUGACGAUAAACCUGAUGACUGUGUGAUUUAUCGGUAUGGCUCCUUUUGCACCGGCAUCGAAGUGUUUGAGGCCAUUGAAAGAGUAGAAAUUGUACAAAUGGACAACUCUGUGAUGGCAACACAUAACAUGGAGAGAAAUGUUUUGGAUAUCACUGUCACCUGCCAGGGAAGCCUUCCUAAAGAGGUGUGCAGCGUGAUUCUGGACGCAGAUUGCUUGAAGCCGAUUCACACAGAGUGCAACAUGGUGGAACCCUCUAAAGAGUGCCAGCUGGUGCUGCGUCACUUCUUCAAUGACUCUGGUGUCUACUGCAUCAACGUGUCCAUGGCCAAUGACGUCAGUUUAGCUGUCACCAGUGCCAAAGUCAAUAUAGACAUAGCUUCAGGUCUGUCGUCUCCAGGCACCAUCGCCAUGGUGUUGGGUUUCCUGGUACUCGUUGUAGCUUUAGGAAUAGUGGGAUUCUCCUACAA